AUGUAAUAGUUAAGAUAAAUUAUAAUUAUUAUAGUUUCUUUUUAUUUUAAUUAUUGUUAAUAGUAGAAAUAGACAAACUGUUUGUUAUUAAUUUAUAAAGGUUUCUAAUUAGAAUAGAUUAAGUUAUUAAUUAUUAAUUUGAUUUAAACUUUUAAAAAUAUAAGUAUACUGGCUUCUUAAUUAUAGUAUAAAUAAGUAUAUUUGUUUUUCUCUCUUUUUUUUUUAGUAUUAUUUACGCUUUUUUUAGUCAAAAAGUUUUUUUUUUUUUUUAAAUAUUUGUUAGUAAUUUCUGUCUUAAUUAAGAUAGAUAACUUUGUUUCAAAAUGUUUAAGUAUUUAGAUAGCAGAAUAGGAUAAUUCAGAGUCAGUAAAUUUUUUUAUAGUUUUUUUAUUUAGGGUUUAUUUUUAUUUAUUUGCUAUGAAAAAUUGCUUAUUCUAUUGUUGUUUUUUUAAUUCAAGUGAGCAAUUUUUAAGAUAACUUAAAGUCAAUUUUUAUUUUUUUCUUUGUAAAGUUGAUAAUAAAUACAAAAUAAAAUAACGCUUAACUAAAUAAUAACUUAAUGACUCUUUAUGCUCGAGCUAUUUUCUGUAUAGAUCUGCAAUCACCCUGUAAGGGUAGGUCUAAAAUAUUAACUAUAUCAAAAAAACCUACUAAAAAGCGUGA